ACUACCGCUCCGUAGCCGCAAGCAAAUGAUUUGGCAUUUGUCUUGUUACUUGUAGAGCGUCUACGAAUUUACGAAAAUGUUUCACAAAAAGAUCAAAUUAGUACAAAUUUUCCUUUUAUCGAUAUUGUGCAGUCCUAUUCUAGCAGAAUGGAACACACGAGACUAUGUUAGAAGGGAGCAUUCUCUCACAAAACCGUACCAAGGGAGUGGAAUGACGGUGCCUUACUGGGACUUUUUAGGUAGCACAAUAGUUACUACAAAUUAUGUUCGUUUAACGCCCGACUUGCAAUCAAAAUCCGGCGCCCUGUGGAACACUGUGCCAUGCAACACUCGCAACUGGGAGGUUCAAAUCCAGUUCAAAGUGCACGGCAGAGGGAAAGACCUCUUCGGAGACGGGUUCGCGAUCUGGUACGUCAGGGAUCGGAUGCAAACCGGCCCAGUCUUCGGUAGCAGAGACUACUUCUCCGGAUUGGCCAUCAUUUUGGACACGUACAGCAAUCACAAUGGUGCCCACAAUCACCAGCACCCGUACAUCUCCGCUAUGAUUAACAAUGGUACCCUGCAUUACGACCACGACCGGGACGGAACCCACACCCAGCUGUCCGGCUGCGAGGCGAAAUUCAGGAACUUUAACCACGACACCCACAUCUCCAUCAUCUACAAGGACGACACCCUCAUUGUGUCAACAGAUUUAGAGGGCAAGAACGCGUGGAAGGAAUGCCUUAAAGUGGAGAAUGUGCUCCUUCCCACGGGCUAUUACUUCGGAGCUUCAGCCACCACGGGCGACCUCAGCGACAAUCAUGACAUAAUUUCCAUCAAGUUUUACGAAUUGGACUUGUUGGAUACUCAAGUGAGAGACGAAGACAGAUCGAACAUUAUCCCAUCAGCGGCCUCGUUCGAGGCCCCCAGGGAACGAAUAGAGGAUGCCAAGCCAUCCAUGUCGGGCUUUAAGACAUUCCUAUACAUGAUGUUCAUCGCUAUAAUCGUCAUUGUAUUGGUCGUUCUCGGCAUCAUGUGGUACCAGAAGCGGCAGGAGCAUUCCAGAAAGAGGCUCUAUUGAUUUAUAACCGUACAUUAAUAUAUUGAUGUAAUUUUCAAAUAGGAUGAGGUUUUCGGAGUAGGAUUUUUGUAAAUUCUAGGCGUGUUAUCGACCGCCUUCGUUAUGUGAAAAAAGUUCUCAAUUUUUUGGAAAUUUAUUUUUGAACAUGUUUGAUGGAGGUAUAAAGCUAUGUGUUAUUAUUAUUUAAUGAACGGUUAAUGAUACUGGAUGGAGAAGCCGACUUAUGCCGUUAUGUAUGAGAUGAAUUGGUAUGGUAUAUGAUAAAAAAUUUGGUGUUUGGUGAAAAUCUUGAUAUUUUUAAUGGCUUUUUGGAACUUGUAAUUCCGAAAUUACGAAAAUGGUUACCCUACCAUGCAGACAAAUAUUUAACAUUUUAUUAAAAUUUUGGUUACCCGUAGAGUUUAUACUACGAAAGUAUUAAAAAUAAUCAUGUUUGAAACUCAAUUUUUUAUCGGUUGAAAAUAUUUUUCGUCACUAAUAUGACUCUUGGGAUAUAAGAUAUUAGUUUAUACAUAAUUUUUUUGAUUUAUAUUAAUUUGUACAAAACAUAAUAAGACAUAAUAAGAUAUCGCCUCUAAAAUCCUAUCUUGAUUUUUUUGCUGUAAGAAUUAUAAUUUAAAUAAAUAUGGAUAUGAACCUCAUAUCUAAUAAAAAUAUGCGCCAAAUACUAUUUACCAUCAUCUUUUAUAUAAACUUCGACUGAAAAUAUUUAUUUUAAUGUUUAUAGUCCUCUUUUUUUUAUUUAGAAAAUGCCCGUGUAUUCAUACGCGUAAAAACGAUACGGAAGGGCCACGUGUGGCGUAAUUUUUGUAUGCUUCAUAAUAUUGUUUAUGGAAUGUAAAAAAUCACAUGUAUUGCUAGAUGGAAAUAGGUAUUCAUUGAAUAGGUAUGUUUAUUACUUUGUAAUUAAUAUUUAUUCUGGUCACUAAUUGUAGCUUAGUUACCCUUUCAUAGGAUAUAUUUUUGAAAUCUUUAAAACAGAAUAAAUUGAACUCUAUUUAAUCACGGGCAAAACAACUUUAACUUUAUAUAUUGAUAUGUUGGGAAAGGAUGAAUCCUUAUUUUUGUGUAAAAAUUGAUAUUUUCUCACUAUACUCUAAAUUGUAAUGAUUUAUUAAACAAACCUUUGUAUAAGGUUUCCUUUAGAAAUUGAAAGUGGACAUUUUAUAUUGCUAUUUUUGUCUCAUUACUAGAUUAUAUAGUGAAAAUACUAAUGGAAUCAAUUUUGUUCACAAUGAAUGUAUUUUAAGUUAUUAUGUAUUAUAUGUGGUAUUUGUUAUCACUUAGUCACUAAGUAUAUUUUAUUUGUAUGGCUCAUAUAGUGACUUCCAAUGUUUAUAUUUAAGAUUUAUAAUUCAAUUAGAUCAAACCGAUUUAACUACUCCAGCCAAAUAUGGCUUAAUACUUAUUACAACGUUCAUGUAUAAAAAAGCUACCCCUGUACCCAUGACACGUGGGAUACUAUUUAUAUCGCGCAAAAAACUAUUGCUGUCUCGUUUCACGUCAUAAAUAAAAGCUAAACAGCGAUAGUUUACCGCGCGAUAAAAACGGCGUCGCGUGUGCCACGGGCUGCGGGGGCGGGUAUGUUCACAAAAAUGAUCCGUAAAAAACGGCUAAGUUUUGGAGUAGAAAUGUUUGAUCUAUCCAAUGCAACAGUUUAAUAGGUAUACUAUAAAAAUAUCGAUGUAAUUUGUGUCGCCCUAACAGAUAAUACACAAGGUUUUUUUUUGUUCAGCAAAAUCUAAAUGUUAGCAAUUGUGGUAGCUUACAAUUAAAUUACGUCCCUAACUUGGCAUAUCCUUAGUUUAUAGUCUAGCGUCAUUUCAUCAUGUAGAAUUGUUAUCUAUUCAAAGCAUAGACAUAUCUGAACGAUUUUGAAGUACGUAUUAAAUUUGAUGUUGAUCUGUAUUAAUACUACCUAUGUUCUUUAGACAUAAUUUCAAAACGUUCAAAUGUAUCCAUGUAAGAGUGGUGUAAUAGUGUGUUUUAAAUAAAUGAUUUAUAAACUUUU